CGAAGUUCCGGGACUUGCCUCCCCUUUUCUGACGGUGCUGACCGCACACUGAAAAACACAGAUUGGAGCAACUUGGGAUGGGACGUUGACUGAGAAUCAUUCUUAUUCGAAGAUUGUGUUUCCAGUGAAGUCUCGCAAGAGUGCAAAACAAGCCAUUUCAUCGGAUACACCUAGCCUCCAUGAUGUGAGCAGAGCGUAUAGUGAUUGGGUUAAACCAUCCCAGUAUGUCUGUAAGAAGUGACACUAGAUCGGAGCAGGCCCAGAGGCCAGGCCAGGGGGCGAAUAUGGAGCAGUCCCUGGGGUCCGGUAGCGGCAAUGAACAGCUCUACCAACUCUGGGUGCUGUUCAACAAUGAGCGUGAUGUUGGGUUCUUCAAGAAGUAUCUUCAGCAAUUUAUCGAGCAGUACACUCGAGAAAUUGAUUUGCAGUUCAAUCAUCUGGAAGAAGGACAGCCACUGGAGGGUCCCGGGAUAUCCAAACUGCCAAGUACCAUCUUGCAGGUGAUCACCAAGCAGUUAGCGGGAUGUGCCCAGGAGUGUGCAGAGAGUGAGACCCUGCCGCCAGAGACGGUCAACUUUGCUGAACAGCUGGUGCAGAUGCUGAUUAUAAUAUGCAGGCAUCAUGACAAUCUUGCGCUGGUUGCCUCUUGUGAGUAUCUGAAAUAUAUCGUUCCUAUGACAACCGGCAUUUUAAACAAGAUGAGUGCUGCCACAGAUGAUGGGGACCAGUCUGCACUGGUGUCCUUCAUUAUUCAUGUGCUCCAUCUGUUUGAGUGCAUGUACGACCCGUACCACAUAUGGAGAAAGUACAUCAUGAACUUACAAGUUAAUCCUGCUCAUCAUAAGUACAAAUCGUCCAUCCUCAGCGUGGAACUAGUGCCUUUCUUUUACGACUGUUUGCAAGAUGUUACCUGGCAGUUGUUGCAGUCUAUUGAUGUGCAUAUAAGAGUUAUUCACAUGUUUGGUGCCAUUUUAACUGGGUCGCAGGAAAAUGCCCAAGUUGCAGUUUCCCCUGCAACCGUUGACGUUCUCUUUGGAUUACUGGACACACCGGCGCCCUCUAGUGACUUCACUGUGGUCCACACUGGUUCCCUUCAGCUGGUGCAGGAACUGGCAUUGAAGUGUAUCGUUCAGAUGGUUCUGGCCAUUCAUGGCUGUGCCCCGGAGCAUAGACAAGUUGAGUUAACUGAAAUUGUGCAGCAGUUACUACAAAAACUUGCAUGUGAUAAAGUGCCACAUCAACUUCAACUAGCAAUAUUUCGUUGUAUACCACAGAUUCUUCACAGUCGACGCAAGCUUGCCCUCCAAGAAGCUUUUGUUUCAGCGGAUGUCUUCACUGUCCUCAUCAACAUCAUUGAGAAAGCUAUUCAAACGGGAAGCACGAGACAGCUGACAGGUUUCUUCUGUCUUCACAUCAUGGCCGCGGUCAAGGCCGAUUGCCCCAUGGCGAAAGUGUCCUUCAGGGAGACCAUUGGGUACCUGAGGCUGGGCAACCUCCUCCUUGCCCUCGGGCAACCAUCUCAGCAGCUCAUUGGAGCUCUCUUAGACAUGAUGGUGGAUACAGCAUACAAACAGGAAAGCAAGCACAUCCUUCAUAACACUGGGGCAGCCCACAUCUUGAUGCGUCUUCUGCCGCGUCUGAAAUCGGAGGAGAUACAGAUCUCCUUGUCAAACAGCCUUGCCUCCUGCUGUACGCAGAGCGACUACAACAGGAUGCAGUGCUGUAAUGAGGGAAUCCUCUCAACUGUCUUAGACGCCCUGGAGGCCAAAGAGAGUCUCCACAGAAAGACUCAAGAGAGGUUAAUUGUCUUGAUGGAAGCUCUGGGUUCUUACAGCAUCAACUCAUCACAACUCAAGCGUCUGAUUGGUCUGAUGAGGGGAUCGGACGACCAAUCGCUGUCUCCCAAGUGUCUGCGACUGAUGCACGCGCUAUCGACCAUGGCGCGCAAGGAAGGCAAGCAGGGCGCCCAUCAUUACUUUGACCUCCAAGAAAGUCUUUCUGGGAUCACCAUUCCAGUGGUUCGCAAGUGGCCUGGUCAUGGCUUUACAUUCCAUACAUGGCUGUGCCUCAAUAACACACCCAUCACAGCAGCUGCCAUUGAGCAUGGAUUCUACCGCAGGCAGUUGUACAGUUUUUUCACAGGUAACGGUGCUGGAUUUGAAGCUUUUUUCACACAUGAUGGUGUGCUUGUCAUUGCUGUCUGUACAAGGAAAGAGUAUUACACGGUCUCACUCACUGACUACCCCAUAAGUGAUAACAAAUGGCAUUGUAUUGACAUAACACAUAUGUCGUCACGACGACCCUUCAGCCAGAGUCAACUCUGUGUCUACGUUGAUGGACACCAACACUUGGUGUCACAGCUCAAAUUCCCGAUCAUUUCAGACCCGUUCAUAUCUUGCCAUAUUGGUUACCCUACAUCAACAAGUCUACUCCAUCAAGCCAAUGAAGACUCCACGCCAUCGACUUCCUUCUCGUUCCAUUCCUCCCGUCUCCACUUCCCCUUCAAACUUCCCUCGUCUCGGAACUCCGCCUCGGAGGCCAACGAGUCCUCGGUCGCCAUGGUACCCGUCGGGAUGCAGGACAUGGAGUGGGGCGAGCCGAGGUCGUUGCAAGGUCAACUGGGAAUCGUCUGCGUGUUUCACGAUGUGCUGCAGCCGCUACAGAUCAAGAAACUCUACACAGCAGGAGCAAACAACAUGAGAUUAUUCCAGUCCGAUGACAGUGAAAUCUCGGACCUGAGCAGUAAGUUGCUGUUGUACUACCACGGCAAGGCCUGCAGGGACUCGGUGUGUCUCGACCUGGCUCCGGCUCAUCUCUACAACGGACGACUCAAAGGUCAUAGCUGUGAUACGUGGGACGUCAAGGAAGUACUCAACUGCAUCGGUGGGGUUCAGGUUUUAUUCCCACUUCUAGAACUUGUGACCCAAGAAAACGAAUCAAACCAAUCGCUGUCCCCGACACAUACCCUUUUGGACGAUGUUGACAGCCCUAAGCCAAUCAUAGCACAGAUUGGUGAGGAUGAGUGGGAGGUCAUACCAGAUAACCAUUCAGUGACAGAUGUGAAGUUUGAACAGAAUCAUGUUGCAGGCUUUCUAACGCUACUGAAAAACAUGUGUGUAGGUCACCAAAUCAACCAAGACAUGUUGCAUAAAUCCCAAGGCAUUGCUACCAUCGGAGCUCUCCUGCAAAGGGUGGAUCCGUCCUUGAUUGAUGUGCUUGUACUAAUGGCUGUGCAGACACUAGUGGAAUCAGUGUGCCUCGGUAAUCCAUCAUUGCUCAAACAGGCAUACAGGUACCUCUUGUUUGAUUUCCGUAUCUGGAGUAAGAGUGACUUUCCACUUAGAAUAGGUCAUAUCCAGUAUAUCUCCACAGUCAUCAAAGAUGAAAAGAAGAGAUUUCGACGGAACUUUGGUGUUCAAUAUCUCCUGGAUGCCAUUCGGACAUAUUACUGCCCUAGCACAACAGAUCUGGGUUUGAGCGAUGCCCGUAUGAUUCGUAACUCCAUGUUUGGUUUGUUACGCUUUUACGUGUCUCGCCAAAUCCAUCACAAAGAGCUGAAUGCCAUCAUCAGUUUCCUGACAGCUGUGGAAGAUGAGACUUUGAUAGGAGAAGUUCUUGAUACCUUACUGACUCUACUUGAGGGUACUGGUAAGGACCAGCUUUACCUACAGCUCUUUGAGGAAGGGCAUGGAGACCUCCUUUAUUGCCUGCUAACUCUCAAGCAAUACUCAGAUGCACUCAGAGUUCGUGUCUUUAAGGUAUUGUCCAUGAUGCUGCGGACGACCAAGGUAUAUGAGAAGAGUAAACAUCGGAUGAGACUCUUAGACAUCGGCUUCUCUGGGUUGACUCUCCUGAUGGGUGAGAUGACCGUGACAAUGCCGGUUGCUAAGAACCUUGUGGAGAUGGUCACAGAGGGUCACAUUAACUAUCCUGGACUACUAGCAGUCAUGCAGCUUCUCCAUCGUGCGGGACCCCUAAUCAAACUAGAGGCGUGCACACAGCUCCUCCACAUUCUCUACACAGAGAAAGAGUCUAAGGGCAAACUAGGAAAGGUUGUCGGCUGGCAGGACACCCUCUCAAGGUUAUUUGUGAAGGACGCUACCGCCGGCCCUGACAUCGGUCUCGAUAUGAACGGUCUUGCCAACACGCCUAAAAGCGUUCCGUCCACCCCGACGAUGAAACCGAGCAACCCUCUGAACGACGCGGAGGAUGGGGAUACCUUGAAGGAUGCCGCGAAUAGUCUUCUACUUCUCCACGUUGAAGACCCGCAAGCCGUCGACACCAGGGAUUUACAAGCUGAUGACAUGAGCAGCAUCGCCGACAGCAUCGAUACGCCGCAGUCGAUGCGGCGUCAUCUCGCUGUCGAGACGGACACCGAUUCCAUUUCGUUCUCUGAGAGUCUCGUUAGCAGCGAUAUGUACUGCGGUCAGUCGACUGACCGUUUGGCUAGCGGUCAGUUUGAGGGUAGCUAUUCGGAGUUGGGUGGCGAGAGUGAUAGUUCAUUAACGGCUGGUGGAUGGGCGAGCAGAGACACACUGGACGUUGAAGCUGAUGGUACCUUGAGAUCUCCGCUCUACAGUUCCGAAAGCGGAAUCAACCUCGCUGUCUCUGGAAGCAGCACAAAUGUCAGGCCCUCUCACCUCAGCCUGGCCUCUACAGGCGACACACAGGGUGAUGGGGAGAGCCCGGAGGAGUCGCAGGCUAACGAGAGGACCCAAGAGACCCUUGCAGAUACCUUGACGGAAGUGGUAGUACAGAUUAUGUGGAGAGGGGUCCAAGGAUCGGAUGAAGAAGCAUGGGCUGCACGUGGCCAGAUCUUUGUCAGCCUGACCAAGCUGUCAGAAACCUACGACCUCCUCCGACCGGCCACCCAAAUCAAACGCCACAUGCUAGAGAAACUCCUUGAGGUCUUGGCCAAUGACAUCAAGAGCGAUGGGUCAGGUGACCAGGUCAUGCAUUCCGAGAAUGCCUUGUGGCUGAUGAAGCUCGUUCAAGAUUUCUUAUUCGGAGAUGAGCAAGGGAAUAGCCAUGCUUGGAGCGACAAGUUAGCUGAAGCCGUUAUUGACGUCAUCGACGCCCUAGGAGUGUGGGAAGAUACACAAUCAACAGAAGAAUGGAUUGAGAUGUCACAGCUGGGUCUGCGGAUCAUGCUGGGCUUCGCUGCAUACGAUGAUAUUGAGGUGUGUGCAACAGCUGCAGCCAGGCUUCAUCAUCUCCUGCAGACUAGACCGAUUCCCACUCCUAGUGAAGCUUGCUUCCUCCUUGGUUCCCUGGACACGGCUCUCAUGAGGUCACUCAAUGCUCGCGAGCGUGAGACCUACGCAUACUUGAUACCCCUAACGCGAGCGAUGAUCGAGAUCUACCACAACCAGCUCCGGAUGCCCAACUUCCUGCCGCAUCUGCCGACGACCGACACCAGUCCCACAUUCUUUGAGGACUUUCAGACGUACUGUCUCUCCGAGGAGUGGAGAAUAUACAUUGACAAACAGGUCAAGCCGUUCAUGGAGGAGUAUGUGACUGUAAACUUCUCAGGAGUCUCAGCUAAGAUGGGAAAGCUGUGGAGAAAGUGCUUUGAUCAGAUGAACACCGACAUCCAUCGCCGGGACCGGGAACGAGGGGAAGGCAAACUCAAGUUUCAGGCCAAGAUCAUCGAGCCUUUUUACUCGCUUCGCAAGAGUGAGCUUUCUAGACAUGCAGGGAUAUUGAAUAAGAUGUACAAUCAGCACCAGUCAACGUUGAGGCAGUGGAGGGCCAGUAAGCGCUUCUUGACUGGGGAGAGGGGAGCUUGGGCAGAGAGGACUGAUGAGAAUCUCUACUGGAAGUUGUCGUCACAAGAGAAUUUCUCCCGGAUGCGGUUGAAGUUAACUCAGAAUUUCAUGUUUGAUCCACACUUGGAAGCUAGCCAACUGAGAGACAACACGGGACCCAUUUUUGAGGCGGCAGAAGUCAUCACUCUAGAGUUGGUGAAAGAGGCUCGGGUCAGUGACAUGGAGCUACAGGAUGACAGACUAGGAGAUGAAGAAUGGAACAUCAUAUCGGACAUGUCAGAGGGCACUGAGACUGAGCAGGGCGGUACAGUCAAGGAGAAGACGGUGGUAUCUGAAGAGUGUAAUCUUAUCACUCUGGUGGAUGUCAUACCAGGAAAGCUGGAGGUCACAACAACUCAUGUGUACUUCUACGACAGUAGCCCAGAGAAGGAGGAAGGUAGCGGCCAAGACUUCAAGUGGUCCCUGUCCCAUCUGAGGGAAGUCCAUCUUCGCCGUUACAAUCUCCGACGCAGCGCCAUCGAGAUCUUCUUCAUCAACCAAACCAAUUACUUCAUUAACUUCAAAGAUAAGAAGACCAGAAACAAGACCUAUAGCCGUAUCCUUAACCUGAAGCCUCCGAACCUUUACUACACCGGGGCAAAGUCCCCAGCCGACCUCCUCAAGGCCUCCACACUGACAAGUAAGUGGGUCAAUCGAGAGAUCUCCAACUUUGACUACUUGAUGCAGCUCAAUACCAUCGCUGGACGCACCUACAACGAUCUCAGCCAGUAUCCAGUGUUUCCUUGGAUACUGUGCGACUACAACUCAGAGACGCUUGACCUGGAGGACCCCAAGGUUUACCGCGACCUCUCCAAACCCAUUGGGGUCGUUAACCCCAAGCACAUAGAGGAGGUCAAGGGCAAGUAUGAGAAUUUUGAGGAUCCUUCUGGGACGAUAGACAAGUUCCAUUACGGCACUCACUACUCCAACGCAGCUGGUGUGAUGCAUUAUCUCGUACGUAUCGAACCGUUCACAUCACUUCAUAUACAACUCCAGAGUGGCAAGUUUGACUGUGCCGAUCGGCAGUUCCAUUCAAUUCCAUCUCUAUGGGACACAUUGAUGGAAAACCCUAAUGAUGUUAAAGAACUUAUCCCAGAGUUCUUCUACAUGCCGGAAUUCCUGGAAAACAUGAACAAGUUUCAUCUGGGAUAUCUUCAGACUGGAGAACCUGUCGACAACGUGAUCCUUCCAAAAUGGGCGUCCUCCCCCGCAGAUUUUAUCUACAAACAUCAGCAAGCCUUGGAGAGUGAGUGUGUGUCCGCUAACCUACACCAAUGGAUUGAUCUCAUCUUUGGCUACAAACAGAAAGGACCAGCAGCCGUUGAGGCACUCAAUGUCUUCUACUAUUGCACCUAUGAAGGCGCAGUUGACUUGGACGCCAUCAAGGAUUCCCUAGAGAGGGAAGCCGUAGAAGGCAUGAUCAACAACUUCGGCCAGACCCCUUGCCAACUCCUGAAGGAGCCGCAUCCAAGACGUCUCAGUAUCGAGGAGAUCGCCAAGAAGGCUUCCAAGAACCAGACGCAGCUCCUGAAUGUCUUCGAUCACCUGAGUGAGUUGAAGGCCUUCUUUGUGGAGGGCUCAACGUCAGACAGUGACCCCUUGGUGUAUGUGAACGUCCCAAGGAGCCAGCCAAAGUCCUUCAUCUACCAAGGGAUGCCUGAUAUUAUGGUGACUGUCACUGAGAAAGGCACAGUCGGAGCCCACGGAUGGCUACCUUAUGAUAAAUCCAUCUCCAAUUACUUCACAUUCGAGAGAGAUUCUUCCUUGAUCAAUGCAAAAAUGAGGAAGUCUGUCUGUGGGCCCUUCGCCCCCGGUCUAAAGGUUACCCCAUCCCUGUUUGCCUCUACCCACGAUGCAAAGCUCCUUCUGACAGGAGGACACUGGGACAACAGUCUGAGAGUGUACAACGUCGCCAAGGGUAAACUCUUAUCACAUGUGGUACGCCACACGGACAUUGUCACGUGCCUGGCGCUGGAUAAUUGCGGCAUACAGUUGAUGACGGGAUCCAGAGAUACAACUUGCAUGAUAUGGGAGAUCUCAUAUCAGAGUGGUGUAGCCAGCGGAGUCGGUAGCCAGCCUGUACAGACUCUCUAUGGUCACGAUGAUGAGAUAUGCUGUGUAGCGAUCAGCACCGAGCUUGAUAUGGCAGUCUCUGCAUCUAAGGAUAGUACAGUCAUCAUUCACACCAUCAUGAAGGGUCACUACGUGAGGACGUUACGCCCCUCGGCCCUGAACCUUCCAGUCCCCAUUUCGAUACCGUGCCUUACUAUCUCCAACGAGGGUCACAUAGCUGCACUGUGUGCACCCCUACACAGCAAGAAAAAUACCCAGGACGUGUGUUCGCUGCAUGUGUAUUCCAUUAACGGCAAACACCUGAGCACUGCUAUUGUCUCUAGUAAGAUCAAUCAUCUAGAUAGUAUUGGAGAGUUUCUUCUGACUGCUGAUGACAAAGGAGAUGUCACCAUCAGGAGAAUGUUCUGCCUUGAAGUGUUAACUACCAUGCCUCUCAAAGUAGCUUUACACUGCGUUAGCGUAGUACCAACCAAAAGCCAGAUCCUCGUUGGUCUCCGGGACGGCAAGCUAAUCAUCAUUGCCGUGGACAGACCAGCAGAAGCUCGCAAAUUCCUUGGACGUUGAUUUUACAUCAGAAGUCAAUCAGGAAAAAAUCAACAACCUGCUGCAGCACAGCGGAAAAAUUUAUGAAAAAAAAAGAAAAAAUAAUGAAGAAGAAGAGCGUCACAGAAAGAAUGAUAAAGGGAUCUGACAAGCUGAACCCUGGAAAGUAUUUGUCAGCGAAACCUUGGCUAUUUUGUCUGUUGUUUUUUAUUUCACAAAAAAAAAGGUUUGUUUGCCAUCUGAAUGGCCCUGUAAUAGGAAUCAGCUCUGAAAGCAAUGCGUACCUCUGAAAGCGAUGCGUACCUUUUAACAUGUUGGAGCUUGGUUUGCUGUCGUUUAACUCAACGUAACCCAAAUUGAGGCUUGGAUGAUUACUAGUCUGGUACCUUGUUAUACCAGGAGGAUUUAUAACCAACAAUGUCACUAUGUGUACAUGUGGUACCUGGCGACAAUGGGCUGUAAUGUAAUUACGGUAUUUGUGUGAAUUUUCCAAAUGUGAGUUUUCCAAACGUGAAUGCCGAGUUCUUCUUGACAGUUUAGAAUAAGCCGUUUUUGAGAUACAGUGGAAACAGCACCAUGACACCAUUGGAUUUGGGUAAAUCUGUCUGUAUACACCCAAACCAAACCAGUGCACUCCUAUCGUGUCCACAACAUCUCAAAAAGCCUAAUAAAGCUCUACAGCUCUACAAGUGUGUAAUAAAAGAUUAAGUCAGUGUCCAAAUUGCCGACUUUGGCUACGGCUGGAUUUCCGCGACAUUGUGCAGUGAAAUAUAGGGCAUCCUUAGCAACACACUUAGAGACAUCUGUAGCCACAGCUGUAGCCGCAUAAGGAAGCUGUUUUUGCGCACUCACCUUGUACCAUAGAGUGAUAAGAACUAGAGGGCACAUUGGCCUCGUCCUUCGGCAAGGCAUGCAACCAUUUCAUGGAUUACAGGGGAAUUUUCGCUUGGGCACAAGAGUACUCCAUGUCACAAGGCAUUCUUUGCUUGCACAGCUAGCACAGAAAUUCUGCAUUAGCACGCGGAGAAGGGCGAUCGCAUGCGCAUAAUUCAAUGUGUUGUGCUAGAAUUCUGUAAAUACCAAUUCAAAAGUAGAUAUGCUUAAGGCAAUGGUUUUGGUGUCUGCUGACAUAGCGGCAGACUUUUAAAACCUUGUCAAGCUUUUUCCACGGGAUAUUCCGGGACCAGUGUUUAAUUUAUACAAUUCUUAUGUCUUCCAAAAAUGAUCUGUUUGAAUGCUUUCAUAACUCAGGGCGCCUUCAAACUGUCAUUGCUGUGAGGUGGUUUAUUUGCUCGCGCAAUUGCAUAAUUAGUCGCUAAAAAUAAAAGCUUAGCACCCGGAUUAAAGACAAACAGAAACCAUUUCAAUAAUGUAUGCGUGCGUACGUGAGUCAACGUUUUAUGUUUACUCGCAAGUAACUAUGAGUAGUAUUACUACAAGUGCCAUGUGGCGCGUUGAUGAUGGCGUGAUUGCUUAAGUAGUGGAAUGUUUGUCUGACAGCCGGAUAAUUUGAGCAGAAGUUAUGUCAUUAGUGCCAAGUUCUGUUGAAGUGGGACUUGAAACUUUGCAUGUCGGAAUUAGAUGUUAGGGAAGUUAUCAAACUUGUUUAAAGUUGCAGCUAGUUGUAAUUAAAGUAUUGGAGGAAAUUGAUACAGAGAAAUUAUACAAUGAAUGUGCUAGAUACUUAUCGUGUAAAGGUCAAAAUGUACAGAUGUAAAUUAAUUUUAAAAGCAAAAAAAGAGGACACUUAGAUUUUUUUCCCUUACCUUUUACCAUGGUCUUUCCACUAUUCCGUGUAUGAAGUUUUUCGUAACAAAUUUGGGAAAAGAAGGAAAUUAAUUCCAACAAAUCUGAUCCGUGCGAUAUUUUUAAAAAUGCCUUGUUUUUUCUUACAGCUGACGUGAGAAAAUGUUUUUCGCUUUUUGCGCUUGGUGUAAAUUAUGAACACUGCUUUAGCUGUAAAAAGUAAAAUGUUGAGGAGAAACUUAAGUGGAAGGUACAGCAAUUGUAACAUCAUGAUUUACAAAAUUGAUUUUUAAUAUUGGUAUUAUUUGGAUGAUUAGCUUUUUUGUACUGACUCGGUGACCGCUCGGGCAGAAUUGUGAUAAUAAGAAGUUGUAUAUUAUCUAAAUCUCUGCUAAAUCCUCACUAAAUUGUUAAAUUCAUUUCUUUAUUAGAUCCCAAAAAGGGUAUUUAAAAUGCUCGCAUACAGUAAAAACAUUGAAACAUUAAAAAUAUUUUCUUUGGCUAUAUAUAAUUACAAUAAAAAAAAAACACUAAAAAGCAAUUAGAAAAAUACCUGGUGACUGAGCGAUACAUAAACGUUUAAAAUUGAGAUUGUGGUGUGCUAUUGCAUGACGAGGGAUAAAAGAGGACGGGUAGCAGUUUGUCGCAGCGUAUGGCACUCACAUACCACCAUACCUCAUGAUUAUAAUGCACUACUCUCAGAGUCCAUAGGGGAUCUGCAACAAAUAUCCUACCCCCUUCCUCCUCCCAAGUUUUUCAAACCUACCUUUAGCUCCUAUUCGUGGUCAUAUAACAUAUUUGUCUCAAUGAGAAUUUUACAAUUUUGUUUGCCACAGUUUUUGGCUGUGAUAAAUUUUCGUACAGUAAGCACCGGAAGGAUGGCAUGCCUUUUCGUGUGCUUCGGUUCGCAGCACCAUGAAAUAGAAACUCGUGCAGUCAGAAAGAAAUCGUCUCUAUGAAAUAUUGGGCCCUGAAUCUUAUUGGGAAUCGGCUGAGGUUAAAUAUUGUCAAAAGGUCAUGUAUCGAGACCCAUAGGUAAAUUAAAUCAACUUUGAUUAAAGGAACACGUUGCCUUGGAUCGGACGAGUAGGUCUAUAAAAAGCGUUUG